AUUUUCUCCUUUUCUUUUCUGAUGUAAUGGACUGAUGAAUUUACGAAUGUUGAGUAGGUGUUUUAAUUUUUUAUUUAAAUCGUUUUUAAUACUUAUUGAAAGAGAGAAAUUUUUUUUCUUUCAACGUAGGUUUGAUUUUUUAUUUGAGAGAUAAUGGCGUAUAUAUGUACAUACGUUUUCGUUUGAUUCAUGUAUGUUUCAUAAGAUACAAAAAAAUGCAAUGAAUACAUAUGUGUAUAUUUUUUGUUUAUAUUUUUCUCAGGUUUUUCAAAAUAUUUUUUAAUAUUAUUUGCUUCGUACAAUAUCCGUCAAAAUAUAUCGUUGAGUAGUAAAAAAUAAUUAUCUUUUCCUGACGAAUUAAUAAAUUCUUGAAGAGGUUAAAGUUCUUCGAUUGUUUUAAUGAAAAAUUCAAUGCGAAUUUUAAGAAUUUAUUUUAAGACGCAAAAGACCAGUUUCUUAAUCUCUUAACUCUAAAAAAAAAUUUAUUUAUGACGCACAGCACUCCAAAUCAAAUGAUCAUUAAAUCCAUAUAAAUUAAUAUCAAUUAUAUAUAUAUAUAAUAUUAUUCAAAAGAAAAAAAGGGAAGUACAAAUUUUUUUUAUUUUCAAUUUGUUUAUUUUCAAUUUUAUUUUCAACGAUUAUUCAAACAAAACUCGUAGAUGUUUCAUUAAGAGCUUUUGUAUCAUAAGAUCGGAUUGACGAGAAGUCAAUUUAAUCAAAUAUCUUCCCCUCUUUCCAUAGAUACAAAAUUGAAUUUCACGAUUGGUUCGUCCAGUUUUACCGUAUAUUUUUGGUAUCGUGUUAUCUUAUAGACAGAUAGUUUAUUCGUGUAAUCUCUUUUUUAUGAUCUAUACUGGUAAUCUACUACCAUAUGGCUCGAUAUUCCGGAUAUAGGUCACCCGAAGGCACGUGUUUCCCCAUUAGACGAACAAUUAGAAUCAUUAUUCGUGAAUGGAGCUCGUUUUAAUACGUUCUGACAAGAAUGAAAAACUCGCGUCAGUAACGAUGGCGAUUUGCAUUGUUUGAAAACUGUGUUGUUUGUCAAUGACGCAUAAAAGAAUAUCAAUCGCUCGAGGAGCUCGAGCGGAAUACUUAACACCAGAAUCAUCACGAAUAGAGAAAUAAUUAGCAGGAAAAUUAAGCCUAUUAUUAAUAAAUAAUUCGGUUUUUCCAACGGCUACGCAGUUAAAGAAUAACGAAAACUCUCUUCGAGUUUAUCGCCUUUUAUUUCUUUUUUCAUUUUUUCCGGGAAUAUUAAUAAAUUUCCGUAAUCUUCGGUGAAAUAGAAAAACACAAAUUACCCUCGAUAAUCGAUAAAACGAUUACUUCCUUAAAAUCUAUGCUCACCGGUACACGGUCAGCGGUAGCGUAAUAUUCUUUUCAUCGUAUUCAGUUGAAAGCAGUAAAGAGGCUUUGCCUUUCACAACGAUUUAUUCGAGCUUCUUGGGAUUUGCGUAAAACGGCUUGAGUCAAGAAUAUUUAAUAAACGACGAUUUCCACGUAUGUUCGACACCGAUUCUCAAGUGUAAUGCAUAUAUUCGAUUCGUGUUCUCGUUACCGAGUUCUCAUUGUUAAAGAAAACGAAGCGACUCGUCGUCACUGAGUCACCGUGUCAUGCGAAACGAACGUCCUCACAAAGAAAUAAAAGGAAGGCGACUAAAUUCGUUCUUUUAUUCCCGUCUGAACCGAGCAGCAAUUGCUACGGUUAUCUAGUAUGUUACGAGCUUUACAUCGAUCGAUACACAAGAACCAUGAUAAUAUGUGCAAAGUCACGAAUCAUCCGUAAUGAUUUUCGUCGAAUCAACAGAUAGCGCGACACAUGUUUACGCUUUCAAUAGCUGUUCUUCACGUGACUCUUUCAUGCAAAUAUCCUUAACAAUUCGAUCGAAUGUAUGUCAAUUAAAUAUUUUCAUCAUCUUGAAUUCGAACUCGAUUAAAUACACCACGAUUAAUCUUAUUGAUCAAUCGAUUUAGAUAAAUGGAUAAGGAAUUACCAAAAAAAAAAAAAAAAAAAAGAAAAAAAUUCUUCUUGAUCGAUAAACGGGAAUUCUAGAGUUCUAAUUUCGAUGGGAAAGAUUGUGUUAAAUUUUGCGACGAGGCAGUAACGCGUUUAUCGUCCAAACGCUCCAUGGUAACGAAUUCCACGUGAUUCUUGCGGCUUUCGUGGCUAAGCUCACACUCGGGCUCUGGUUACGUUCGUCCUCGCGUAGAUCAAAUUUUGGCACGAUGCUGAAGUUUCAAACCGCGACCAAAGAGGAGCUGAAACUGGCCGCAGCCGUUCAACGAAGGCGGCAGAUCGAGGCAGAGAGAAAGGAACGGAUUUUCAAUGCACGAUUCAGGAAAAUCGGGAUAGACAAGGAAUUCUUGGACAAACAGGUCGAGGAAAAGAAGCAGCAACGUGAACUGGAAGAAGCCCGAGAAUCCGAACUCGACGAGAUUUUGCUUCAAAGUUGUAAGAUCGGUUUGCUAUUGGAGAAACAACAAGAAGAGGAAAGGCGAAAGAUCCAUAAAGAGAUCGAGCAUUAUAGACAGCAAUAUCAACAACGCCAGGAAUGCGAGCUGCCGAAAAAAGGCGAACGCGAUCUAUCCUUCAGCGAGCUAUUAAAAAGUGAAGAGGAUGAUUUUAAGGAAAAGUCGAAGGCAAAGAAGGAAGAGAUGAGGUGGUGGUUCGAAAAACAAAUGCAAGAACAUCAGUCCGCCGAGAGCGAACGAAAGGAACUCGAGAAAGCCCAAGAAGCAGCCAUCCUUUCCAGAGACAAGCGUGCCAUGAAGAUAGCUCAGAUGGAAGAAGAUUGUCGUCGAAAGUUGAACGAAGCCACCGCACGAUUUAAUCAAGCCAUGGCAGAGGAACAGGAAUACCGUCGCCGUUGCGAAGCCCUUCAAGAGGAGGAGGACAAGAAGGCGGAUAUCUACAAUCACGUGACUGGGGACUUCCUUACGGAAGCCAAAGAGCAGGCGGAGAGCAUUCAUGGACCGCACAAACCGUUGGCCUCACGUUACAAGGGCAUGACUGCGGACGAGCUUAAGGUUUUCAGGGAGGCUCAAGCACGCCAACUGAAAGAAAUCAAGGAAAUGAAAAUAGAGGAGAAACGAAGGGACGAAGAGUGGGAUCGAUUGAUGGCUACCCAAACCGAGAUCGCAGAUUCGUAUCAACGUGAAAUUGAUCGGAAGAAAGCGGAAAUUAAAAAGAAAAUAGCAAAGGAGAAUUUGGAAUUAGCGGAGCAACAAAAAUCUCAUCAGGAAUAUCUCAAUUAUGUGCUUUAUAAAAAUAAAGCAACCGCAGCCUUUUAUGAACAAUUUAAUAAAGACGCUCGUUAAAAACAAACCUUUUUUGCGAUAAUACGAAUAAAUUAUUUUUUCAAUAUGAAUAUAUUUUUCUAUUUUUGUUAUUUUUAAUUUUUUCCCAGUAGUUAUAUAUAUAUUUUUUUAUAAAUAUUGAUUGUUUGAAGCAUUUAU